AUGUCAAUCAAUCAAUCAAUCGAAUUUCUAUUAACCAGAUCAUCUUCGUCUCGAGAUGGGUCCAGCAGAAGGUUACCUAACAGAGCCCCCUGCCUCAGUUUCUGGCAGCGAACGACCCGUGCAUUUCCCCUGCUAGAUGCGAAUCGAGACGCACCUGUUCCUUCUAGGUCCAAGUAUGUAGUUAUUGGCUCUGGGAUCUCCGGUGGCCUUACAGCGUUCGAACUUAUCGAGGCUGGUGUCAAAGGAGAGGAUAUCAUAAUACUCGAGGCGCGGGAAGCAGCCAGUGGUGCAAGCUCGCGAAAUGCAGGACACGUACGACCAGAUGCAUUCCGAGGAUUCAGUGCAUAUGCAAAGGUCCAUGGCGAGGAACAAGCUCUAAAGAUAAUUGCCAACGAGCGCCUCGUCCUCGAGAAGGUUGAUGAAUUUACCAAGAAAUACGGAGUCCAGUGCGAUUUCAACCUGACCACAACAUUCGACGUAUGCAUGACGCCCGAGUUUGCAACGUAUGAAGCCGAAAGCUUCAACGCGUACAAGAACGCAGGAGGCGAUGUCUCACACAUCAAGUUCUAUGAAGGCCAAGAGGCGCAAACAAGGACAAAAGUCAAAGGCGCCGUCGCAGCAUACGAGUGGCCAGCUGGAUCCAGUCAUCCAGCGAAGCUCGCACAGUUUCUCCUCCAGGCGGUUGUAUCUCGCGGGGGGAAGUUGUUCACGUUUUGUCCAGCUACUGAACUAAAGCGCAACGAGUCGGAGUCGGAGCUCUGGGAUGUGCAUACUCCGCGAGGAGCCGUGACAGCGGAACGGGUGGUCCACUGUACGAACGCUCAUGCAGCACUUUUGCUGCCACAUCUGGAGCCCUAUAUCCAGCCGAACCGCGCUCAGGCGCAUAGCUUGAUCCCAACGCCCUCAUUUGCAGCAGAGAAUGCCCUUCUGAAAACCUUUUCGCUGCGUUAUAGUCUACAUCAUUUCUACUCUUUAAUUCAAAGGCAGAAUGAUGGUACACUCGUCCUGGGUGUAUCGCGAUCGAACCCUACCCUCAGCGUGGAAACACGGGCUAGCGUCUAUAGUACAGACGAUACGAGCUACAACGAGGAGAUAGUCCAAGAUGCUCUCCAAAGCUUUAACAAGAUAUUUCCCGAGUUUGAUAGCGCGAGUGCCGUGCAUGGGGAGGGUCUGGAUCAUGCUUGGACUGGAAUAAUCGCCAUGACGACCGACUCCGUGCCGUUCGUUGGGGCAAUUGAAUCUCUGCCAGGACAAUAUAUAUGUGCUGGGUUUAAUGGGCAUGGAAUGGCACGUAUAUUUACUUGUGCACCGGGUGUUACCAAAAUCAUGCUUGGAAAGGAGUGGGAUGAUACCGGUUUGCCUGAAUGUUUUAGAUUUAGUGAGGAGAGACUCUCCAGACUGUCCACAAAGACUGUGCAGUCUGUGUGGUGA